AUGUGGACAUUGCGCGAGGGAUUUACCGCCGACGUCUGCGGCAAGCUGAUCCAGAGGACUCUCCUCAGCCCCUGGAAGACACUACCACUCCUGCUCCUGGUCCAGUUCACAUCUCACGGCCGCCAGAUCGCGCAGCAGCAUCCAAGAGUGCUCUAUACAUUACAGGGACUGGCAUCACUGGCAGUUCUACGCCGUCUAAACGCGUGGAUUAACCAAAAGGUCCUCAACAAUGGCGCCUCGGACCAGUACGAUUGGACGCAAGAAAUUGUCGUCUUGACCGGGGGGAGCAAUGGGAUUGGAAGACAGAUAGCACUUCUUCUGGCGAAGCGGGGGAUCACUGUUGCCAUCCUAGAUAUUGAGGCUCCGUCAAAGGAGACAGAGGAUGGAGACAAGAUCCAUUACUAUGAGUGCGAUAUCACCUCCCCUGAUGCCAUAGCUUCAGCUGCUACAGGCAUCCGCUCCUCUCUGGGUGCGCCUACGGUUCUCAUCAAUAAUGCCGGUAUCUGUACCGGCCAGACCAUCCUAUCCGGCACGGAGGCACAAACUCGUCGUUUGUUCGAGGUCAACACCUUGUCCCACUACCACAUUGCCCGCGAAUUUCUUCCCGCUCUUAUCACGGCCAACCACGGUAUGGUGGUUACUGUCUCUUCGCAGUCCGGGUACACCACUGCGCCCAACAUGGUCGACUACUCCGCUAGUAAAGCGGCCGCUGUGGCCUUCCACGAAGGUCUUGCUGCGGAACUGACAACCAGGUAUCACGCCCCGCGCGUGCGGACCGUCCUCGUGGCACAGGGUUUCACCCGGACGGGAUUGAUUCGGAACAUCACCCCGGAAGAUACAUGGUUCAACCCGUUACUUGAACCCGAGACCGUUGCAGAGGCUGUGGUUGACGCGGUGAUCAAGGGACGGAGCGGGAGGGUGGUUGUACCGGGGGCAUCGGGGUGGUUGGCAUGCAAUAUCGGAUCGCUGCCACUCUGGAUACAGCAUUGGACGAGGAAUCGGCUGGAAAGACUAAUGAGAGCUUGUUGA